AUGGACAAAUCGAGCGUGCCUGACCACGUUGAGAAGCAGGAGGUACCGGCACAGAAGCAGCUGGACUCUCCUCCUACCGAGAUCGAGGAGAAUCGUGAGCGACGAGACUUCCUCUUCGACGCUAAGCGGAGCGCUGCAUUGAAUCGUCGACUCGACAAGCGACUGCUGCCUCUUCUAUGUUGGACCAACAUGACGUCCAAUGGAUACGCGGUCACCGUUUCAUUAUUUUCAGUCGCCUACGCUGUCUUCGAAGUCCCCAGCAACUGGGUCAUGAAGCACUACGUGCGGCCGAGCCUGUGGCUUGCCUUCCUGCUGUUUGCUUGGGGGUGCCUCACGAUAGGCACCGCUGGAGUUCAGAAUUAUGCAACCGUGGUGUCGUUACGCUUCCUUGUCGGUGUGGCGGAAGCAGGGUUCUUCCCAGGCAUUGUCUACUUGAUCACAAUUUGGUAUCCUCACAAUCAGAGAGCAUUUCGGAUAGCCAUGGUCGUCGCUUUUUGCAAUCUUGCAGGAGCCUUCGGAGGCAGCAUCGCCUUCGGCAUCGGCCACGCCAACGGCGCUGGCGGACUCGAAGGAUUCCGUUGGCUCUUCAUCAUUGAAGGCAUCAUCACGGUUAUUAGCGCUGUGCCUCUCUGGUUAUGUCUGCCAGACUAUCCUGCUCGCGCUAAGUGGCUGAACGAGGAUGACAAACGCUUCGCAGAAGAUCGUCUACGAGAACGGGGCGGCGGCUACAAUAGAGAUCAUGCUACCCGUAAGGAGUUGAUUGAGACGUUCGGCAGUCCUCGGAUGCUGGCGCACUACCUGGCUUACGUGGCCGACGUUGUCCCGCAGGGUAGCUUCACUUUCUUCACUCCGACUAUCGUCACCGGGCUUGGGUACCAGUCUGUGCAAGCCCAGCUUCUUACAGUGCCCCCUUGGGCUGUGGCUUCGUGGUCGCCAUUUCCUUGUCUUACUCGGCAGAUUACUUCGACGCUCGCGGAUGGCACAUUGCCGUUGCCUCAACGAUAG